AUGGGAUCCCGUGUUGUCUUCGAUAAGCGCACACUGCGCAAGAAGCACGGCGCCGCGUUUGCCGCGGCGAUACGAGACCACUACGCGGCCGGUACAUUUCUAGAUGAGGUGGCACAGGGGCUGGGCGGCGACCCUUCCCCCACAGCCAAUGACGAGCCCGUGCAGGUCUUUGCGCGCAAGCGCCCCAUCUUCCAGGACGAGGCUGAUGCCGGCGAGUUCGACGUGGCGGCCGCCUCGCCCCACGGCCUGCUGGUCCACGCGUGCCGCAUGCGGGCCGACCUGCGGACGCCGUUCCUGGCCACCUACUACAGCCCGCUGUUCGCGUUUGAUGAGGCGGCGUCCAACGCGCAGGUGGUGGAGCGCAUCGGGCUCGGGCAGCUGCUGGAGGCCGCGGCGGCCGGCGGCGACUCGGCGCUAUGCUGCUUCGGCCAGACCGGCAGCGGCAAGAGCUACACCAUGGCCGCCGUCCUCGACGAGGCCUCGCGCCUGCUGUUCGGCCCGCGCGGCCUGCUGGCGCGGCGCGGCCUGCUGCUGCGGGUGUCGGCUUACGAGGUCUGCGGCGCCGCCGCGCACGACCUGCUGUCGGGCCGCGCCAAGCUGCGCAUCCGCGAGGACAAGGCGGGGCGGAUCGUGCUGGACGCGGCGGCGCGCGGCGCGGGGGACGCGGGGGCGCUGCGGGCGCUGCUAGUUGAGGCGUCGCGCGCGAGGCGCACGGCGGCGACGGCGCGCAACCCGGGCAGCUCCAGGAGCCACGCGUUCUACGACCUGCAGCUCCUGCCAAUCACAACCACACCUGGCGCCACGCGCGGCGGCGGCGGCGGCAAUAGUGAAAGCAGCGGCAGCAGCAGAGGCAGCAGCGGCGGCGGGCGGGGUGGCAGCCUGCUGCUGGUCGACCUGGCUGGCAGCGAGAGGGCUGCUGACUCAGCAGAUCACGACAUGGAGCGGCAGCUGCAGAGCGCCGAGAUCAACAGCGGCCUCGCGACACUCAAGGAGUGCUUCCGGCAGCGCAAUGUGGCGUCCCGCUUGCCGCCCGACGCGCCGCCCGUCCACGUGCCGUACCGCGAGAGCACGCUGUCGCGCCUCAUGAAGCGCGUGCUGGAGCCGAGCGGCGGCGGCAGCAGCAGCGGCGGCGGCGGCGGCGGCGGCGGCCUGCGGCAACCGCGGGUGGUGGUGAUUGCGACAGUCAGCCCCUGCGCGUCUGCGAAGUGGAGCCCGGGGGAGGUGCGGCGGUGGGUGUGCGAGGCCGGCGGCGGGCGCUUCCAAGCGGCGGCGGCGGCGCUGCCGCCCUCUGUGGACGGCAAGGCCUUCACGCGCUUCCCAGAGGUGCGCUUCAAGCAGCUGUUUGGGUCCGACGGCGCGGCGGCGAAGCGCGGCCACGCGCUCUAUGAGCUGUUCAGGGAGGAGGUGCGAGCCCACAGCGCCCAGCGGCUGGGGCAGGCGCAGGCGCAGGCAGGCCGCGACGUGGGGCCGCAGGCGGACAGCGGGGCGGCCGGGCGGCGGCGUCAAAGCGGCGGCAGCUGGGCUUGA